CUUUAGCGUAGUCCGGGAAAGAACGUUCCUUUCCCGGUAUUCCCUAAGAGGACAGCCAUGAGGUCAUGACUCCUGGGCGCGGGGUACGCCGGGAAUUGUAGUCCAGGUAGACAACUUUCCUAAAUCUCCGGAAGUGGAGGCGUGGGAGGCCGAGCCGAACUGGCUCGGAGUAGCGGAACUCCGGCUAGUGUUAGGACCGUGCUCUCGGGGCCGGUCAUGAACGGGCCGGCGGACGGCGAAGUGGACUACAAGAAGAAAUACCGGAAUCUGAAGCGGAAGCUCAAGUUCCUCAUUUAUGAACACGAGUGCUUCCAGGAGGAACUGAGGAAGGCGCAGAGGAAAUUGCUGAAGGUGUCCCGAGACAAGAGUUUUCUCCUAGAUAGACUUCUGCAGUACGAAAACGUGGAUGAAGACUCUUCUGACUCAGAUGCCACUGCAUCUUCAGAUAACAGUGAGACAGAAGGGACGCCCAAGUUGUCAGACACACCAGCCCCCAAGAGGAAGAGAAGCCCUCCACUGGGGGGUGCUCCCUCUCCCUCCAGCCUCUCCCUGCCUCCUUCAACAGGGUUUCCCCUUCAGGCCUCUGGGACCCCCUCUCCAUACCUGAGCUCGCUGGCUUCCCCUCCCUACCCCCCAUUCCCUUCUGACUACCUGGCCCUGCAGCUGCCCGAGCCCAGCCCCCUGAGGUCCAAGCGGGAGAAACGGCCCCGCCUGCCCCGGAAACUCAAGAUGGCGGUGGGCCCCCCCGACUGUGCUGUGGGAGGGCCGCUGACCUUCCCAGGCCAGGGUUCUGGGGCUGGGGUAGGGGCAGCACUGGCCCCACUGCCCCCUCCCAAGAUGCCCACCCCCACCAUCCUGAGCGCCGUCCCUCGGCAGAUGUUCAGCGACGCAGGCAGCGGGGAUGAUGCUCUGGACGGGGAUGAUGACCUGGUGAUCGACAUCCCGGAGUGACCCCCCUCUGGGUGAGCCCUUACCCAGGGCCCUCUGUGCCAGCACACAUAAGCCCCCAGCUUCCAUGGAUACGUUUAUUGACAUCCAGUUGCCAUGCUGCGGCUACUGACACAAUCAGAAAAGGCGUAAACAUGCACAAAUGUCCCCUGGAAGUGGGCCUUAUCAGAGAGGGCAGAGGUUCUGCCCUUACAUCCUGGCCCCAUCCAGGAGACUUAUUUAAAUGAGUGGCCGGGAGAAUCUGCCACCUCUCAGAGAAGCAGAGAUCCUGCAGUGGACCCCUCAUUUAAAAGGGCAGCUGUACAGGGCUAGGUGUUUUCAUUUUUUAAUGAUUCUGUAUUAAAGUAGUGGCUCUUUUUUGCC